CGGUCAGCAGCUGACAUAGCCGGAGCUAAAAUUGGCGCCUGUUCGAACAGCCCCCAACAAACAGACCCAUUUUCAAUUUGAAACCUUCGACGGGGAUAGACGGUUGUGUUGUCGCGGACGGCAGAGAUACAGCAACCGGAAUCUGAAUCUGAAUUUCGUCUCUCUGCACUGCACGCUCUUCGCUUCUCGCAACAAGUCGUGGGUGUCGGAGCCGCUGAAAGUGAAAACAAAACGCACGCACCGAAAGGAAAAUAUGUAAAUUGCCAAAACGGUACAGCAAAGCAAAACAAAUCCAAAAAAAAAAGAGGAAAAUUUCAAUGAUUUUUUUAUUGGAAUUAUUUGUGAAGGAAACUCUCUUAUUUCCGCAACGCGAAAAGUGCUAUAAAGUUUAGGAAAUAGUUUACAAAAAAAAAUAAAUAUAAAAUAAAAUAGAAAAGAGAAGAUACAUUUGAGAGAUAAACGAAAUGAAAAGUUAAAAAUAAAUAUAUAUGCCAUGAGGCGAGGGACGUGAUUUCUUUCUUUGCCGUUCUUUUCGGUCUGGCCCCCAUCCGUCCGCCCCCCAAGAGGGGGAAACAACAACAACAAAAAAAUUCAUUCAGCGCACAUGUUUUUGUGGCCAUUGCUGUGUUUUGUUGUUGCCUUUGUCCGCCGCCAGUCCGCCUUUCCACGCUCGUUUAUCCUGCCAUCCUUUUUGCGGCCCUCUCCUUUGCGCCACCAAAUUCUGAUUCGAUUUUUCCCUUCCCCCCCCCUCUCAUCAUCUGGCUCUCUCUUGUUCUCUCUCUGGCUAUGGCAGCAUCACCAUCACUACCAGGAGCAUCUCUCGCAGCAUCACUCUCAGCUGCUUUGUUUCUGUUUCAGUUUCUGCUUUCUGCUUUCCGCUUUUCAAAAUAAAAUCAAAUUGUAAAUCAGAAAAUCGAGAAGAAUCCGUAUCCGAGUGUGUGUGUGCCAGAUGAUGAAUUUCGUUUCAUAAGAAAAUCGCCAAAAAGUGCAGCAGUCGCCGCAGCAGACGUCGCAGCAGCAGCAACGCGCCGAAAAAGUAUCUGAGGGAUGCGUAGUAGCAGAGUAUCUCAAACAAUCGAACGGCACUGUUUUAUUGUGUUCUGUGUGGCAGCUGAUAAAAUUCUCAAAUAAAUUUAACUCAAAAAUUACAAAAGUGAGAGAAAAAAAGUAAAAAUCUUCAAGGAGAAACAAGUAAUAGUAUCUUUUGUGCCAAAAAUAAUAAAAAAAAAAAUACAAAAAGUAUCUUUUUUAUAAACAAAUGAGAUAUUCGCAAGAGUGAACCUACCCCGGCAAAAUAAAAAAAAAGAGUGGACCAUAGAGCCACCCCCUUAGAGCCUGCUACAGUACACGCAGCGAAAUAGUCGAGUGCUAACGCCAAAAAAGGAGAAUUAUUAUUCAUUUCGCGACGACAUUGUGAAGAGAAAAAGCCGUCAAACUGUGGGGCUCAGGGGCAUUUUUUCUUCCUCCGCAAGGAAUGUAUUAUCCGCACAUGGUGCAGGCGGGCGUAGCGCCUUUUCCGGGCGCUCCGGCCGGCUAUGCCGCCGCUCCAGGUCCGGCAGCAGCAGCUGCAGCAGCGGCGGCCGCCGCCCAGCAGCAGCACCAGGCGCAGCAUCAGCAGCAGCAGCAGCAACAACAGCAGCAGCAGCAGCAGGUGGGCGGUGCGCCCUCCGCCGCUGACAGUCUGUCGCUGGCGGUGGCGGCGGCGGCUGCCAAACAGGCGUCUGAGCCAGUGACCCAAUUGAAGUCGGCCGGCGAUGGUGCAGGCGCCAGCAACAGCAACAAUAACAACACAGCCGUGGCACAGUCAGUGGCAGUGGCAGGAACAGGAGCGCCAGGAUCGGGCGGAGGAGUGAACACAGUUAAUUCGAGUUCAGGGGGCGGCGUGGCAACGCCGGCGGUGGUGGUGGCCACUAGUGUGUCCGAUGUUGUCAAUGCCUCGUUGUACAUGCAACAGAAGAAGACAAAUCUGUCAACACAGACACAGACACAGUACAAUGGAAGCAGCGUUUCAGCGCCAAGAGUCCCAGGUCCCAGUGCUCCUCCUCCUCCUGCAGCUCCUUCCUGCACUCUGCUCCCAGUGGUCACGCAGCCGUCUCUGACAAAUGGACAUACCAUGGAGCAAGUGCAGCAACCAGAACAGCACCACCACCAGCAGCUGCAACACCACCACCACCAUCACCAUCACCUCCAGCUGCAAUCAACGCUGCCCCCACAAAAUGUGCCCGGCAUUUCCACAGUAUUGAUCGCCAAUGAGGCAGCAGAUUCACAACAGAGCUCCACCCUGCCCAGCGCAGGCGGCACUGGCGCCGGUGGCGGAACUGGCGGGGGCGGCGGCGGAGGCGGUGGCACGCCCAAUUCGCCGCUCAGCAGCUCCCCGUCCAGCGCAACAAAUCCGCAGGCCACGGCGACAGUUGGCGGCGGCUUGACCCUCAAUGGCAGCAUCACCGAGGGCAACGUAUCCGGCAGUGUAUCGCCGGUGGCCAGCGGUGAACCGCUCCUCCAGACACCGCCCACCCUCCAGCAGCAGCAGCCGAUGCCGCAGCCGCUCCUGUGCAGCAGUCCCCCAUCUGUUCAGUCGGCGGCCACCUCGGUGACGGGCAGCUCGAUAGCUGCCGGCGCUUUGGCCGCCACCAGCAGCAGCGGUGUUGGCCUCCUGCCCACCACCGGACUGGACACCAUCGCUAAUGGCAAUGCCGGCACCUUGGUACCGGCCAGCACCUCACAGGUGAUCGCCCACCUGAACGCAGCGGCGGCAGCGGUCCAGUCGCCGCCACCCAGCGCGGUCCCUAGUCUCAACAAUGCUCUAGUCCCGGUCGUCGCCUCGGCCGCCUCUCUCGAUGCCAAGAGCCAGCCGAAGAGGCUGCACGUCUCCAACAUACCGUUCCGCUUCCGGGACCCGGAUCUGCGGGCCAUGUUCGGGCAAUUUGGAACUAUUCUGGAUGUGGAAAUCAUCUUCAACGAGCGCGGCAGCAAGGGAUUCGGUUUUGUAACAUUCGCUAACAGCAACGAUGCAGAACGAGCACGCGAACGUCUACACGGCACCGUGGUUGAGGGACGCAAAAUCGAGGUGAAUAACGCCACUGCACGUGUACAAACCAAAAAAGUGACAACAGUACCCAACGUUGUACUGACCAAAGACGGUGCCAUACCGGCCCCCGCUCUAGUCUGCGUACAAUGGCCAGAAGCCGCCGUUGCCGCCGCCAUGCGUGGAGUGGCCAUCCAGCGCGGACACGUGGGCGUGGUCGGCGCCGCCCCCUACCAUCACCCCCAUCAUCCGCACCACCAUUCGGCGCUGCUGGCAUCGGCCGCAGCAGCCGCCCAACAGCAGCAGCAACGCCAGGUGGCCGCCGCCGCCGUGGCCGCAGCAGCCGCUCAACAACAAGCCGUGGCCGCCCAGCAGGUGCAGCAGCAGCAGGUCGCCACCGCCCACCAGCAGCAACAUCAACAGCAGCAGCAGCAACAACAGCAGCAGCAACAACAACAACAGCAACAGCAGCAACAACAACACCAGCAGCAACAGCAGCAGCACCAACAACAACAGCACGCCGCCGUAGCCGCCGCCGCAGCCGCCGCUUCACAUCCACAUGUUCAUGCCGCACACGCCCUCGCCCACGCCCAUGCCCCCCAGCUGGCGCAGUUGCAGCCCGCCCUGCAAGCUGUGGCGGUACCCACAGCCGCCGGCAAUGCCGCAGCCCUGCAACAAUCUUUGGCAGCUGCCGCGGCCGCCGCCGCCGCCGCCCAAAAUCCGGCCGGAGUGGGCCAGAGUCCUGCGAGUGCUGCUGCCGCGGCUGCCUAUGCCGCCCGCCUAUCGGCGGCAGCUGGAGCCACCCAAACGCCCCAGACGGCCGCUGCUGCUGCGGCUGCUGCUUCCAUGGCUGCGUCGGCCAAUGCGGCCAACAGCGCUGCCGCUUUGCAUGGAUUCGCGCCUGUAUACUAUGAUCCCUUCUUAGCAGCCGCUGCUAACGCUGAUCCAAAUCUACGCUUCCAGGCAGCCAAACCGGUCACUGAAGUUCCAGCCGCUCAGCCAGCCGCCAUAUUAAAUCGCCGCACUGUGACUACGCUAAACAGUAACCCACAUACGAUCAACCGCAUUCCGGUUCCACAGAAUGUUUUGGCCACUGCUCCGCUGUUAAAGACUCCGCUGUCUCAGGCCCAGCAGCAGGCGUACGCCACGGCGGCCACCACCUACACGGCGGUAGCCGCCCGGGCCGCCUAUGGGGCUGCCGCCGCAGCGGCUGCCCAGCCGGCACUCGCCGGCUACGCCACCGUAGCUGGAUAUGCGCGCGAAUAUGCAGAUCCUUAUCUAGGACAUGGCAUUGGACCAGUUCCUGGCUACGGGGCGACCAUGUAUCGUGGUGGCUUCAAUCGUUUCACGCCAUAUUAAGAACAAUCUACGCCAGUCAGCCAAAAAAUGCACUCGAUCUACUCUCGAUGAAAAUGCUCAAUAUAUGAACAAGGCAAAGCAAGCAAAUAAGUAACUUAGACGUAAUACUCCUCCCUAUUGUGCAGUAAGUAGAAGUUACAACUAAACCGAUAGAUGCAAGAUACUCAACACACAAAAAGCAGCAGCAGCAUCAGCAGCAACCAUGGCAAAAUCAACAUCUGCAACAUUUGCAACAAUCUGCAACAGAAACAGGCGCUCAAAAAUCUUGGAGAGUUGAAAAUCAAAGCUAAGCAACAAAAAGGAUAAAAAAUAAAAUAAACAAAUCAAUGUCGUCCAGCAAAAAGCGUAAAAAAAGCUAAACCAAAAACAAAUAUACGCCGCUAAAUGCAGUUCUAUGGAGUUUAUAUAAGAAAAAAAAAUUUAAAACAUAAAUUCAAAUUGCAAAAUAGUUUUGCAAACAAUGAAAUGAAAAAUGUGCUUCAUGCGUAGAUUUUUACCAGAACAAAAGCUGAAACUUUGUGCGGCAGAUCAGAAUUUAUAUAUACAUACACACUUAUAUAUAUAUAUAUAUUACCAACAUGAUAUAUAGUUAUUAUAGGCAUUGUAUUUGUAUAUCAGAAACCAAGCAGAGAAAGAGCAAUGUUUUUUAGGUACUCUUCAUGCUGAAACAUCAUCAAAAAAAAAAAUUAUACAUAUAUGUAAUCCUUUGGUUGUUGAUUAUGUCCUUUUGUUCAACUAAGUUAGAUUCUUAUGAUUUAAAUGAUUAUUCUAAAGCAUUAGCAUUGUAGGAGAAAGACUCAGAAUCUUCUACGGAAAGCGCAGCACAUCAAAAUAUACGUAUAUUAUUUGCGAAAGGCUUAAGCACAAAAACAAAAAUAUAUUUAUUCGUUUAGGAUUUAGUUUUGAUUACCCAAAGAAUACUCAUUUUUUGUAAUUUUACCGUAUUUUCAACGAAUUUAUUUUUAAUAGAUUGCUUUGUUGUUCCUAAUUAUUUUAUAUUUUGGCAGCUAAUACCAUUUCACCCUCAACUCCACUCGAUUCAAAACUAAACUCAAUUCGAAUUGCUCAAAAAACUGUAGCGCAUAGGUAAAUGCAAAAAGAUCAACACGUAGACAUAUCCUUGGAAUAUACAAUAAUAUUUACUUUAAUUGCCGCCAUAGCAGCAAAGCGAAAAACAAAAACAAAACCUAACACAAAAUUUAAAAAAUGAACAAAAAAAAUAUAUAUAUUAGUUUUAGAAAGUCAAGCUUCCAGUGACAAAAAAGCCAUUGAUGAAUGAUGUGGAAAUCGAAUAAUAAGCAUUAAAAAUUACAGUUUUUAGCUCUUACUCCGUAGCACUUUCCUUGUGUGUUGUGUAAAAAACAAAAAAAAAAAACAAAGAAAUUUAAGAAAAAAAAAAUACAAAAAAAAGAAGCAUUGCGUCGUUUCGAUGUUUUUCACUUCCGGUCUAGACCGGAUUGAAACUUCCCUAAGCAAACUAAGAAUUUAUUUUAUACACACUCGAAAUCUAAUGCACACACAAAAACAAAAAAUGAACCCAAAAAACAAAAAGAAAACUUUUAACGUUGUGUAUUUUUCAACUGUUAAUGAUUAAAAUGCUCAAUGGAAACCAACCAAACAAAAUGACGUCGUUCUCUAUUUUGAUUCUUAGGCAGCUACUGUCUUUAAAUUUAUACUAGUUGUUUAUCAACCAUACUAUGCUAAAAAAAACCCACAAAACAAAACAAAAAAACAAGCUACUAAUUAUAUUGUGUGUGUGUACUCGUGCAAUUCAUUAAGUGUUCUUCGAAUUUCCUUAAAAGAAAAACAACCUACUAAAAAUUAAUUGAAAAUAAGAAUGAAGGAAAGGGAAUGAGAUUUUCAUCAACUCCAAAGAGCUUCAAAUUGAUGACUUUAUUUUAAUCUAAUCACUUAGCAACUGUGUCUCACAUUGUACAUAUUUAUGAUGACAAAGGAUAUUUCAUUUUAUUUCUCCAAUAUACACACACACACACUCAAGCACACACACACACAAAGUGGAACCACACGCACACGCUUGGCAACAAGCUGAUGGUAUUGAGAACUCGAAGUCAUUUAUGUCAUAUGGUUCAUAAAUGUGUAUUUUUCGGUUUUAUUCACACUUUCUUAAUCGUAAUUAACACAUAUUAAUAUACUAUUUUUACGUUGACAUUUUUAAAGCCAAAGUUUAUAUUUUAAAUGACUUUUAGUUAGGUAUUAGUUUGUACGACGACAGACGCAAAAGCAGAAGCAGAAGCAGGAACAGAUAAGUAAAAAUGAGAAUAAAUGGAAACUAAAUGGAAAACAAUAAAGAGAAUAACAAAUCGAACCCAACAAUUGCCAAAUUAAAUGUAGCUUUCAAGUGAAUUAUAAAAAUAAAGACGUAAUUAAAUUUAAUGAAUUUUUCAAAUAGCGCAACAAAUAGUUUGCCAAAAAAUGAAGCAUACUUUUUUGGCCCACCCCCAAUCACUCACACAUACACUCUCUUACACACACAUACACAUACUUAUACUCACUCAAAAAGAAAUGUUUGGGUUUGACGAGCAAAGCAAGAGGUAAACCUUCUAGUUAUAGAGCAAACUUAAAUAUAAUAUGGUACGGUAUAAAAACAUACAUUUAAAUUAUGAACUCAACUUCCACCGCAAAACUUUUAAAACAACAAACAAACAAAAAUCUAAGUAAAAAAAAUAAUAAUUUUUGUCUUAAGCAAUGCGUUGAGGAGAAAGUCAAACUACAAAAUAAAUUAAAAUUAAAUGCAAAACUCAAACGCAACUCAAUCAAACACUGCAGCUAUAUGAUACGAGCAUACGAUAUAUAUGAUGUAUAUGAAUAAUGUCUUCAUUUAAUUCGAUUCAUUCGAUUUUUUUCUGUGUGACAACCCGAGAAAAAAAAUACAAACUGUAAUCUGUGUAGUUUAACCAUAAGCCAGCGCCAGCUUUUGUUUACUUUUCACAUAGAUCCGAUGCCUAAGCGUCAUAUAAAGUAUAAAUAUAAAUUAUAUAAAUAUAUAUUAUAUUGAAAAUCUAAUCUUUAAUGAUGUGCCAAAUUGUAAGUUGUACCAUUUGUUUUUAUGAGCAAAUGCAAAAACACACAUAUUGAAAUAAAAGAUAUGAAUUAAAUCAUAAACCAUUGAAAAUAGCAUUACAGUUUUCCUUACUCUCUACUCCUGAAAGUCCUGAACUUCUCUUGAUUUUACGAACAUCUAUAAGGUAAAUGGUAAAAAAAAAGAAUAUUUUUAUAAUUUUUCAUUGUGUAUAGGAAUGGGGCGAGGCUGCCAAAAGUAGAGAAAGCCAAGCCGCUACCUUACAAUACAGAAAUUGAUAAUAGAACCGCAGAGACGAUAAACAAGUAUUAUAUAUAUAUAUAUAUGUAUUAGCAACAAUCGCAGAAAAAUGCCCAACCAAACAGCAGAACACAUAAAUCAACUAAAGGUAAAUCCGUUCAAAUUUCAUUUAUUUGACACACUGACAUAUAUCGAAUAAAUGAGAAAUUUCAAUAAGACACGUACACAAAUUCCAAAACUUAUUGGUUUUUAUCAAUUUUCAAUUUGUAAGGUUGUGACAAAUUGUAAACAAACAUACAAAACUAAACAAAACAAAAAACAAAGCAAAGUAAAAAGAGAAGCAAAUACGAGAAACAAUUCCAUGAAAAAUCACUUGAAAUACAUCCAGAUAAAUGUAAUAUUGUUUGUGAAUGGCAAAUAAAAAAUAGCAAACAUUUGAGAUUCGUAUAUAAAGUACAUUUGAAAAGAACGCCG